AUGAACUUAUUCAACUCUGCUCUUGGGAAAAACAUCACUUUUGUGCAUCCUGCAUAUUUCGAAAUAAGUGGUUUAUUUGGCAUCCCAAAUGUCAAGUAUUACUAUGUCUUUCUCUUUUUUGUUUAUGUUAUUUCAGUGCUGGGAAACACAGUUGUGAUGGCCAUAAUAAUUUUAGAUCAUGAUCUGAGAACUCCAAAAUAUAUUGCAGUUUUUAAUUUUGCAUUUGUCGAUCUGUUUGGUAGCUCUGCUUUGGUGCCAAAGCUUCUUGACAUCUUUCUGUUUAACCAUCGCUACAUCCCCUACAACGACUGCUUGACAUACCUGUUUUUCUGCUACACCUGCCUUUCGAUGCAGACUCUUAAUCUGGUCGCACUCUCCUAUGACAGACUGAUGGCUAUCAUCUUCCCACUGCAUUAUCAAGUGAGGGUGACCCACAGGUUCAUGCUGUCUUUGAUUGCCUCUUUCUGGGUCUUUGUCAUUACUGUUAUGUUUAUUGUAGUUGGUCUUCUCACAAGACUUUCCUUCUGUAAAUCUGUGGUUAUUAACAGCUAUUUCUGUGACCACGGGCAGAUAUACCGGCUUGCCUGCAAUGACUAUACACCCAGCUUUGUUAUUAGUGUUUUGUUACCACUUCUUAUUAUUUGGCUUCCUCUGAUAUUUAUCUUGUUUAGUUACCUAUAUAUUGGCUAUGCAUUGUCUAAAGUGGCCACACUUCGGGAAAGAGUGAAAGCCUUUAAAACCUGCACAGCUCAUCUGUCAUUAGUGGCAAUCUAUUUCCUCCCAAUAUUAAUCACAUUUACUUUAAUGGAAAAAAUACAUCCAAAUGCCAGGAUUAUAAACCUGUCUCUGACCUCCAUCUUUCCUCCCAUGUUGAACCCAAUCAUUUAUGUUCUGCAGACACAAGAAAUCAAAGAAUCUGUAAAAAGAUUGUUUAAGAUCAGAGUGCAGUCCAAAAUUACAGUUAAGAAAGGAACCAUAAUGUGA